AUUUCCCUCGCUUUUAUCCAUACUUUCUGUUUCUGUAUUCUUAAAGACAACCACCGUCGUCCGCUGUGACCUUCUUCAUCGCGUCGAUGAAACAAAUCAACUUCACAAGCUACCCAAGGAGUUGAAUUUCACCAUUGCUGUCUGUUCUGUUGGAGUAACUUAAUCUUCUACUCAUCUCUAAAAAAAUGUUCGUGAAGAUGCAGUAUUUGGAUACCCCCUGCUUACAUGGACUGGGUUCCACCCUUAGGUCACCCAUCGUUGGAGCCUCAGUUUCUCCUCCUGAUAAUCUCGUUCCCAUUUCUAAGAAGCCCAAUGAUUGGUGGAUUCCUGAAUGUCCGAACAGAGUGUUAAAGAAGGUGGGUGGAGUUCAAAAGUCCACCAAUGAUAAUGGUGGUCGCCGGCAGGAAAUUCGGUUUAAAAGAGCUAAUAAAAUGGAGGAACGAGAAACCGAGAAAAGGAAUCGCCAUUUGGGUCAUAGAGUUGUGGUGAAAAAGGAUGCUGGGGGAGAUGGAAAUGGAUCGGAGGAAAAAGUGCGCACCAAGUGUUCGACGAAAUGGCUAUCAUACGGUGGAUGCAUACCGGCGAUUUUGCAGGCCUUGGAUGAGAUAAGUGACCUGGACGAAGCACUGAAGCCUUGGAAAGAUAAGCUUAAUAAUAAGGAAAUGAGUAUUAUUUUGAAGGAGCAGACCAGUUGGGAGAGGGCUUUGGAGAUUUUUGAGUGGUUUAAUAUGGCCGGUUGCUAUGAAGUGAAUGUGAUUCACUAUAAUAUUGUACUUUGGAUUCUUGGGAAGGCCCAAAAAUGGAGGCUGGUUGAGAGUUUGUGGGUGGAAAUGAAUAAAAAGGGGAUUAAACCGAUAAAUUCGACUUAUGGAACAUUGAUUGAUGCUUACAGCAAAGGAGGGUUUAAAGAAGAAGCGUUGGUUUGGCUCGAGAGGAUGAAUGAACAAGGAAUGGAACCUGAUGAGGUUACCAUGGGAAUUGUUGUUCAACUGUAUAAGAAGGCCGGUGAGUUUCAGAAGGCUGAAAGUUUCUUCAAGAAGUGGUCAUCAAGUAACUCAAUGAACUGUGAGAUUACCAACAAGAAGAAAGCAGCUUCUGUUAAAGUUGAGAGUUCUCUGCACCCUCCUCAUGUCAGUUUGAGCACCUAUACAUAUAAUACAUUGAUCGACACAUAUGGGAAGGCUGGACAGCUACAAGAAGCCUCUACAACUUUUGAAAAUAUGCUGAAGGAAGGAGUUUCCCCAACAACUGUGACUUUCAAUACUAUGAUUCACAUUUGUGGUAACCAUGGCCAGUUGAAAGAAGUGACAUUUCUAAUGCAGAAAAUGGAAGAGCUUCAGUGCCCACCUGAUACAAGAACAUACAAUAUCCUCAUUUCCCUUUAUGCUAAGCAUGAUAAUAUUGACUUGGCUUCAAACUAUUUUGCAGAGAUGAAGGAGGCUGGUCUUCAGCCGGAUAUAGUGAGUUACCGUACUCUUUUGUAUGCUUACUCUAUAAGGCAUAUGGUGGUGGAGGCUGAAAAACUCAUAACCGAAAUGGAUGAAAGGGGCCUUGAGAUUGACGAAUUCACCCAAUCUGCAUUGACCCGCAUGUAUAUUGAUGCAGGAAUGCUUGAAAAGUCGUGGUCAUGGUUCUGGAGAUUUCAUCUUGCAGGGCAUAUGAGCUCUGAGUGCUAUUCUGCCAAUAUUGAUGCAUAUGGAGAGCGUGGGUUCAUUUUAGAAGCAGAAAGAGUUUUCGUUAGCUGCCAAGAAGAGAACAAGUGCACUGCCCUUGAGUUUAAUGUGAUGAUUAAAGCCUAUGGUGUGGUAAAGGAUUAUGCCAAAGCACAAAAACUAUUUGACUGUAUGCAGAGUAAUGGUGUCGUUCCUGACAAAUUUAGCUAUAGUUCUCUGAUACAGAUAUUGACUGGUGCUGACAUGCCAGGCACGGCACUCGCUUAUCUUAAGAAGAUGCAGUCAGCCGGAUUAGUAAGUGAUUGCGUUCAAUAUUCAAUGGUUAUAUCGAGCUUUUCAAAAUUGGGUCAUUUGGAAAUGGCGGACAAAUUAUAUAGAGAGAUGGCCAAACAUGGUGUGCAACCUAACAUCAUUGUUUAUGGUGUGUUGAUAAACGCUUUUGCUGAUGCUGGAAGUGUUAAAGAAGCUAUCAAUUAUGUCAAUGCAAUGAAACGUGAUGGUUUGUCUGGUAACACAGUGAUAUACAAUUCCUUGAUAAAACUCUAUACCAAAGUUGGCUACCUCAAAGAAGCACAUGAAGCAUACAAAAUGCUCGAACAAACAGAUGAUGGACCAUCUAUAUAUUCUUCAAAUUGUAUGAUCGACCUUUAUAGUGAACGAUCAAUGGUUAAAGAAGCCGGAGAGAUAUUUGAGAGCUUGAAGAAAAAGGGAGAAGCAAACGAGUUCACUUUUGCUAUGAUGUUGUGCAUGUACAAGAAAAUUGGCAGAAUACAGGAAGCCAUUUGUAUUGCUAGACAGAUGAAGGAACAAGGACUUUUAACAGAUUUGUUGAGCUUCAAUAACAUGAUCAGUUUAUAUGCAAUGGACGGACGAUUCAAGGAGGCUGUUAGUAUAUUCCAAGAGAUGAUGAAAGCUGCCGUUCAACCUGAUGAAUACACAUAUAAAUCGCUAGGGGUCGUUCUGUUAAAAUGUGGAGUUUCAAAGCAGGCAGUCAGCAAGCUAGAAGUAACAGCAAAAAAGGAUGCUCAGAGCGGAUUACAGGCGUGGGUUUCGGUUCUGUCUUCUGUUGUUGGAAUGAAUGUAAAGGAAGAUGAUCUGUAAGUUAUUCUACUUCGCCUUGAGAAAGAAAAGGACCAACUAAAGUCACUUCUACCGCAAUAGCUUUAUCUUGAAACGAAGGAAGAUGAAAGCAAAAGGAGCUAAAUAUGAAGUGACGGGCAUAGUUGUCUUUUCUUAAGAUCUUUGUAGUAUUACUAAAGUUUAAGCAGAAAGAAAAGGGAAAAAAAAGGAUAUUUUUCCUUUUCUUCUUCUUAAGGGAGCACGUCGGCCGCCCCCCCUCCUUCUCGAAUUUUCUCUGUGUCUCAUCCCUCCCUCUCUCUCCUCCACGCCGAAGAUGGAUGACGGCCAAAACUCCACGCCGACCACCUCACUUGUCGUCCUUCGACUGCCAGUUCGGCUUUAGCUGAUCCGACACAGGCGUCACGAGUUACUUGGGUUGCAGAUCUGCCAAGCCGAGCCGAGUUCGCUCAAAGUCGCCGUGCCACCCCUCAUCUGCAACUUCUUGCGCUGUGUUGUGUCAUCGCUAGCUUGUCGGAUCUGCUCAUGUGGGCAGAUUUGGUGCUUUCUGUGUUAGAUUUGGAUUCUUGGGAGAUUUUAGCUGCUGUCCAGCCUUUAGGAAGCUCAGAAUCGGUCGUUUUCAUACAACUUGGGCCAAAUUGAAGAGGGGAAAACGUAUAAUCUCGGGGGAUCGAGUCAUUGAUAGUUACGUGAAUGUGUUUCUAUAGCGCCACCUGUGGUUGUUAGGGGAUUCCGAGGCUGAAGGAGGCCGGGAUCAGAGAUCUAAGAACCUGAGUCUAGGUGAGGACAUUGAUGGAGGAUUGUGAUUGGCUUCAGGCCUAGCUUAACCCAGGAUGGGUGGCUCUAUGUGCACAUAAGAGCGGAUAUGGAGGUAUAGGUCAAGGUCCAAGCAUUCAUUAAGCUCCCCAUCACCAUUUGUAAAUCCCCAUUUUUUUUGUAUGUAUAUACUUAAGUUUUAUAUUGCAUUAUGGGAUUGUUAGAGGUGGCGAGGUUCAUGCUAUAGAUAUGUAUUUGAGAGAUUUAUUAGUGGACUGUAAUCCUUUUGUAACUAAUUCCUUGUUUAGAUAUAAACUCUAAUUGAGAUUCUGAACUAGUCUGAAUGAGUAUGUGGUGAGAUCACACUCAAUGUGAUUUUGUGUCUGAAGAUUGAUUAUAUAUAGAAGUGAAAUUUUUUCUUUUUCA